AUGAGUCCGGGCGAGCGCGCCGCCCUCGGGCGCCGCGAACCCGCUCGCCCUCAAUACGCGUCUACGGCACCGGGAUUCCCACCACCGUACUACCCGCCCUAUGGCAUGCCCCAUCCGAACGCGUGGCUAGGUGCACCCCUUAUAUCCAUGGCGGGGCGGACGCCGCCGGCACGCAAUACUCCGGUAUCCAAGUUGGCGAUGCACGCUCAAGGCGCCCCACUCAUCAUACAGAACAGACACGAUAGAAGAAAAUUUACAACAGUGCCAGAACAGCGUAAUCACCGCCCAUCUGGACAUGUGGAGCAUGUCACAAGAAACAGAUGCGAAGCUUUAGAGGGAAACAGGCCGCACAACCAGCAACAACAAAUGCGUUCCACUCGUAGCGGACGCAACAACAACACGGAUGCGGUCAGUGUUGCUAGCGACGAAAGUUCCGGCUCCACGAAUUCUGAAACGAUGCUGCCUAGAAUAAUAAAACCACGUAAGAGACGUAAAAAAGACAGAAAACCUAAUAACAUUGUGCCGCACGAUAUGAAUACUACCGUGUUAGAAAUUAGCGAUGUUGGACAUUGUACGGUGAGCAGUAUGUCUCCAGUUUCCCAUGGCAUGUACGAAGAUUCUUACUGUCGCGAUGUUUCUAUACCAUAUCGUUUGGAUGUGAAGGUGUUACAAUAUUCUGAGCCUGCUCCAGAGACAUAUCGUGUUGCAGCUCUAGGAGAAGCUUUAGAAGCUACUCGUUUCGGUUUAGCAAAAGCAGCUUCACCUUCGGAAUCUGCUGUUAGUUCGUGCCAGUGUCGUUAUUGCGAUCCCGUGGGUCAAAUCUGGGAUGCUGAUUCAAUUGCGGACUUACUGGAUGAGAAUUCGAGUGGUGAUUUUGCUCCUACUAAAUUAGAGGAUUCGAUGAAAGUUGUCGGACCAUUAGGCAGACGUGGGGAUACUGUGCUACGGCGUAGUUGGAGCGAUCCGUCUUCACGUGUUCCUGAAAGACGUGAGGGUAUAAAUGGGGAUCCUUUGUCAUCACCCAAUCUAUACUCACUGUUCCCACCAUCGCGAAGAACCAGCUCACCUGAGUCUCGAUCUCCGCUCGCGUUAGAAAUAUCCUCCGAAAUUGUUACGUCAAUGAACGGCCACCGCGAUUUGGAAAUCAAAUUAUUUUCGACCUCGCCCUCGGCCACGAAUUCCGACCGCCGCUCCUUCUUCGACGAUAAAAGUGAAAGUGCUGUGAACAGAUGUACAAUCGCGGAGUACGAUCUUAAAGUUAACAGUGCAGUGAACAGUGACGGGGCUGUGCUCGGUGUUAACGAUGGUAAAAAGAGUGACGAAGUGGAGUCGGGGUGUUCGACGGCGUUUGUGGCUACAGAACCCUCGCGUAAUAUUUGUGAUUUAGCCUUAGUUACUGCCUGA